UGGAUAGUAUAAUGUAACUGUACAACUCUUCGAAUUGCUGCAACAGUUAGCAAGCGGGCAAUUAAAUUGAAAUAGAUGAGUUUUCAUCUUCACGCUAGCAACGGUGAUCACCUUGAUUUAUUACGUCACAAGCGAUCUCAUCUCUUUCACGAGAGCACAGCCAGAAGACACCAGCAGCCGAAGGUUUGUGUGGUAACCAACCGUGGUACCACGCGACAAGAAUAAGCGAAAUCCAGUUACCUUACUUGCUUUUACCCAGAUUGUAGCUUGCAGUUAGUUUUGCAAUUGUUUUUAGCAUGUACAGUUGUUAUUCUUUACGAGCAAUAGUGACCGUGGCAAUAUUAAUUGACGUAUGUCUAUCAACUGAUUCCGAUGCAAGAGUAAGAAAAAAGGAGACGAAAUUCCCUCCUCCACAGGACGACAAUUAUGACUAUUCAGAUGAAAGAAACAAUCAGCUAACGAAUAUUGACACGCCAGUAGGAUUUUUGAGUCCAUCCGUGCAAGAAUAUUUAGAACUUGGAAAGGCAAUCCCAGGUCGGCCAGGAACUGAUUAUCCGGUACUAGGAACGAUUCCAUAUACGAACUUUUACUGCGAUAAUCAGCCGUUUCCGGGAUUCUUCGCCGAUCCGGAAACGCGGUGUCAAAGCUGGCAUUAUUGCGACAUAGACGGUCGACAAACGACCUUUCUAUGUCCAAAUGGGACCCAAUUUAACCAGUUUGUGUUUUCAUGCGAUUGGUGGUUCAACGUCAGAUGCGAACUGAGCAAAAAAUUGUAUCUAAUCAACGCAAGAUUAUAUGGAAGGCCUAAAGUGGAUCCAGCUCAACCUCAUCGUUCAAUUACAAGAGAAUUACUGGAAAAUAUAUUCAAUGAUGAGUAAGUUUAUGAAAAAUUUACUUAAAACCCAGUGCCACAUAAAUAUUGUUAAUUCAUUAUCAAUCGCUCUUUGUUACUAGAACAUAAAGUUUAUUGUAACUGUACGAUCUUAUUAUUAUGUAUUUCGUAAAUUAUAAAAAUAAAGCUUGACAGUGAAGUCUGCUAACGAAGAACGCCAAAAUAAGUACUUAAUAAAGCUCAUUUAAUAAUAAAACAAUUAAGGAAGAUAAUAUCCAAAGUCACGCAUAUGUUUUCCUGAAAAAAAAUCGGUUCAUCUACAUGAUUCUCUUACAACUCUUAAGUUACCACCAUUUCAAAAGAAAAUCCCAAUAUCUUUAUUUACCGUAUUUUCUCGUAUAAUAAUUAUAAGUAUGCAUACACAAUGUUAAGAUAUAAACCAUGUAUAUGUAUUUAUAACCUUAAGUUCCUAAUUUUAGAUCACCACCUGUAUAUUAACUGUUUUUAAAAUGUAAAAUAAAGUAAUAUGUUAGUA